AUGGCUGACGACGCCGAGCCGAUGUCCGUCAAGGACAGGAUAGCAGCUUUGAAGCUGAAUCAAGUUGGCCGCGCACCUGGACAGACGCCAUCGACGAAUAGCGUGGCGACGAAUGGUAUAUUGAAUAAGGCAAGGCCGCCGCCACCUCCACCGCCCAGGCCCACUGUGCCACCAAGACCGCAAUCGACGAACGUGCCACGACUACAGGAUCAUGUGCCAAGCUCAGCAAAUGGAAUCGCGAAUCAGCCGGAGGGAGAGCGCUCAAAUCCCAGCGCGAAUGGCAUGGACGGCAUCUCACGACCUGCACUACCACCUCGAACAUCGACAGCUUCAUCUCAAUUCUCACCAAAUCCUCCCCUGUUUCCUGAGAGAUCUACCGAGCCUUCACCAGCAUUACCAUCAAGACGACCUUCCGAGACCCCUUUUCAACCUGCCAACCGGCUGAGCCGGCGAGACUCGAACGCGUCAAUCAGCUCUGUGGCGACUGGCAGAUCGUCUGUUUCUGGCAUGUCGACCGCCACUUCACAAUCUGAUCGCAUGGUCAAAGCACCGGCCUUCGACCCUGCGGCUCUUCCACCCUUGCCACCAAAACGUACUGAGGAGCAGAAGCAAGCAUACUAUGACUCCGGCAGCAAGGCAGGUCGCCGGCCGCUGAAGUCCAUUUUCUCCUCUCCAAAUGUCAAUGGUAUGCCCAAAGGCACUACGCCACCUCCGUCGAGAAGACCUUCGGCGCAACAGCCUCCCCUACCUAGACGAACCUCACAGCAGCAGGUCGAACCUGCGCCGCGCCCCGUCUUGGCCGAGCCACCACCGAGGAUUAAGCGGUCUGCUCUGGAUAUGGGUCUAGAUGCUGGUUCUCGUCCGCCUGUCGCACCUCUAAGGCCAGAUAGCGUACCGCAGACUAAUGGUGGGCCGCCGCCUGUGCCUACCGGAUCACGACCGGACCUCGCCGCUCUGCAGGCAUCGAAGCCAAAGGCUGGUAAUAGCGGUGCUGCACCCGCAGUACAGCCAUCGCAGUCGUCUUGUCUGCAUUGCCGAGACUUCUCUGCCGUCGAUGCACAUGCUGCUCGGUUCCCACGACAGUCGGUACCAAACAAUGACAUUAGCUGGCUGGCUCAACAACUUACGGCGCCAUUCUCGUCGGCGACAGACAAGGCUCGAGCGAUCUUCACCUGGCAUCACCACAAUAUCUUUUACAAUACCGAGGCUUUCUUCAGUGGCAAUAUACAGCCAAGCACACCGAAGAGUACUCUAGCGUCGGGGUGGGCAGUAUGCGAAGGUUAUGCAGGUCUCUACGCCGCAAUAGCACUGAAAGCAGGUCUCGAGUCUUACGUCGUCGUUGGUAACGGCAAAGGCUAUGGCUAUUCUGAACUCAAGCCAGGCGAUCCACUACCACCUUACGACGCAGGCCAUGCGUGGAAUGUGGUCAAGAUUGAUGGUGGCCAGUGGAAGCUACUCGAUGCCUGCUGGGGCGCUGGCCACAUUUGCGGGAACAACAAUCUCUACAAACAGGAGUUUAGUCCGGAGAGGUUCACACAGAGCAACGAUGAGUUCGGCCUCGACCACUUCCCCGGUGAGACUCGGCACCAGUACCGCGAGGAAGGAAGGACACUCACAUGGGAGGAGUACAUCACUGGCAACAAGCGUGGUUGUGGCGCACAAUUCUUCUCCGGCUACACUAGUGCGGAGGGUAUUAGUGAGACAUCCUUCCGACCUGUCGCAAAUCCUAUAAUCACAUCACAGCAGGGACCCAGUGUGCGCUUCAGCUUCCAGAAGAUUUGUCCUCACUGGGACCCUGUACGCAAUGGCAAGGGUGCGCAUUAUCUCUACACACUUGCUGUGGAUAAUCUGGAAGGCACGAAGAAGAAUCAUAUGCCAUUUCAAACAAAUGGCGAUGUGUGGUGGAUUGAUAUUCCAGUGCAGGAUCUGGGGAGGGCAGGGCAGAGUGUCAAAGUUCUGGCUGUGAACAGCUUUCGGGGUAAGGAGGGCAGAGGAUUGACGGUGCAGGAGUAUAUGGAGUGGAAAGGACGGUGUGCAAUGUCUUGGGCGUUUGUGGCGAAGUGGGAGAUUGGUUGA